GCGUGAGUGGGGGAGGGGCAGAGACAGAAGGAGACACAGAAUCCAGGCUCCGUGCUGACAGCUCAGAGCCCGACGCGGGGCCCGAACUCACGAACUGUGAGAUCAUGACCCGAGCCAAUGUCGGACGCUUAACCGACUGAGCCGCCAGGCGCCCCCAUAUCGGCCUUUGGUAAUCUUUCCUUUUGCACCAUCUGGGUCGCUCUUUGGUGUUCACUGGAACCUGAUUUCACUGGAACAAAAAUGGCUGUGUGGUAUCCCUUCCUUCAUUCCUUCUCCCUCCCUGUCUUCUCUGCCUCCCUCCUUCCCUCUCUGCCUCUCUUCUUCCCUAUACUUGUUGAGCAUGUACUACCUACUGGGUACCAUUCCAGAGAUGGUCAGGGCUGUCCUCAUUGACAAGCCAAUGAGCCAAGAUUUGUAGGAAAGGAUGUCUGACCCAAGCAGCUAUCCGGGCAAAGAGCGUUCUAGGCGGAGGGAACAGCAGGUGCAAAAGCCCUGAGGCAGGACCAUGAUUGACAUGCUGGACGUGCAGGUGAGUGACUAACGUGGCUCAAAGUGGGUAGGGACCAGGGAGGAGGUGAGAAGUGGUCAUCUUCUCCCACAGAUGUGGGAGGUGGUGGUGACACAGGCGUGGGAGGUGGUGACACAGGUGGGGGAGGUGGUAGUGACACAGGUGUGGGUGGUGGUGACACAGGUGUGGGAGGUGGUGGUGACACAGGUGUGGGAGGUGGUGACACGGGUGUGGGAGGUGGUGACACAGGUGUCAGUGGUGGUGGUGACACAGGUGUGGGUGGUGGUGACACGGGUGUGGGUGGUGGUGACACGGGUGUGGGAGGUGGUGGUGACACAGGUGUGGGAGGUGGUGACACAGGUGUCAGUGGUGGUGACACAGGUGUGGGUGGUGGUGACACGGGUGUCAGUGGUGGUGGUGACACAGGUGUGGGAGGUGGUGGUGACACGGGUGUGGGUGGUGGUGACACGGGUGUGGGAGGUGGUGGUGACACGGGUGUGGGAGGUGGUGGUGACACAGGUGUGGGUGGUGGUGACACGGGUGUCAGUGGUGGUGGUGACACAGGUGUGGGAGGUGGUGACAUGGGUGUGGGAGGUGGUGGUGACACAGGUGGGUGAGGUGGUGACACAGGUGUGGGACUUGGUGGUGACACAGGUGUGGGUGGUGGUGACACGGGUGUGGGAGGUGGUCGCGACACAGAGGUGAGUGGCAGCUGCCACACAAAAGUGGGCAAUGUGUGCUCCUUUAGCCCAAAGUGGUUGAAAACGGUGUCCCAUGGCCCUGUUAACGGGGCCGAGGUUGGGGCAGACAGUCGGUGUGGAGGGACAGCCAAAUGCCGGCCUCGCCCCCACGCGGGACAUCAGGCCUUCCCUGAGGAGAGGGGUGCCGGUGGGUUAGGGGCGGCCGGGAAGACGGUGGCCGGGUGUGAGGCUCGCGCACACAGCCCCUCCCCCGCUUUGGGGAG